AUGUCCACCUCCGAUCAGAUCCUCACCCGCUUCGCCUCCAACUACGACAUCCUCUGCGACAUCAUCAGCUUUCUCCCCAUAUCCGACCUCCCCGCCGUCCUGCGCACCUCUUCCCUCUUUUUCUCGGCUGCCGCUCCCGCCCUAUACCGCUCUAUCCCCAUUUCCCAUACCUGCAACCCCUCAAUCGGCGCCUCCGCAGAGGAGGAAGACAAGUCUAGAUGGCCUUAUGGCAAAGAUGCUCUUUUAGAGCACGAGGAAGAAGAUGAGGAAGAAGAUGAGGAAGAAGACGAGGAAGAAGACGAGGAAUUAUGGCACAAGACCACCAGCAUCCACCCCCUCUCCCACGUCGAACAAGUCACUAUCCAACCCCACCCCAAUACCUUUGAAAUCACAUUCCACUGGCACCCAAGCCCGCUCCACCCCCUCCCCACAGCCGGCUUUAUCGCGUAUAUCUGCCGAAACGCUUCCCGCUUACACUUUACAUGUACGGGCGCCUCGAGGGGGACAUCGUCACUGGCGGAUUGGUAUGGUGCUCCUGGGGACUUGCCGCCUUUGCCUGGGGUGAAGAGUAUGACGGUGAAGCUAAGAGUGCUGAGAAGUCGGGAUGCGGUUUCGUUCUUGAACGCUUGUUCUGCCAAAAGGGAGAACCUCUACCCGACAUGCCAGAAGAUCAACUUUUAUCUCUGGAACGAUAUCAUCCCGCAAUACGACGACGCUUUCGACGACCCCGCCUCGCGCCCCAUUCCCAUCAGCCCAAGUCUGUGCCAGAUUUCGCUCGUGCAAGGGCGGACGUGCUGCAUCCCAGCCAGGUAUGGGACAGACUACAGACUGGCCAUCGAUACUCUCCUCCUUCAACUCACCAGACUUGUUGCUGAGAGAAAAGAGGUCAAGGCUGUUGCGUGGUUCAACCUCGAUCCCAUCCUCGAACGAUUUGCUACCAUCAAUGAAAAGACUCUAGAAGAGACGAUGCUCGUCAAGCGGGAGAUGGAAUCGAGCUGGAUAUCCGCUCGCAAAGCCGUCUGCUUUGGUGAAGAACCGACUCUGCCUGUGCCAUUCACUUUCCAUCCUGCUGGAGAAUACUACAAAACCCUCUGGGACGGCCGCUGGGCUCCAGACGAUGUCUAUCCUAUCCGCUCCCUCUCUUCCCCUUCCGCUGCGCACCAGGGCCUCGAAUUGGAAUGGCACUACCACGAAUCCAUCCUCUGUCCCUCUUCCUCCCUCACGCACUGCCACACCAAAGCCUCCCGCUCAACUCAAGUAUCGAUGGUGUGCUGUUGUUUUUGCCCCUAGAGAGGUUUGUGGGGGUACGGCGCAGUGUUGCCCAUAGAUUUGGCAUAUUGGUA